CAUGGUUCUGGGUCAGACUUCGGGUUUGGCUACUGCAACUUCAUUUUGAACUCGGAGAGGAUCCAGUGGGGCAAAGCAUCUUGCAAAGUGUUAUUGAAAACAUAGCGUUUUUAAGCCGGAUGGUUUGACACACGAGAUCUACAGAUCCCGGUAACUGUGACCCCAAAUCACUAAAGGCACCUUCAAACAGCCCCCGGGCUCAGGGCCACCAAAAGAAUCAUUCUCCUUGUCCCCCCUGGCAGAGCUAGAGGGGUCAGAGGACGCUAGGUACAGCCAGCUCAUAGCGUAGGUCCAUAGCUCGUUGAGCCCUUGAAAGGUUGCUGUGCAAGGGGUUGUUUGCUGGUUCUCGAGUCGGGAGCGCAGAGAAAGUGGUGCAUUGCUGCCGACAUUGUGGAAGGAGACUUGCCACAUUCUGCGCUGCUUGACAACUUCGGUCGCUUGAGGACGCUAUAGCUUGUUUGUGCUCAAGACUUACCGAAGGAGGCAGCAUUUUGCCCCAAUGCAGUCGGUGGGGGAUCAUGGGCACGGAAUGGGCCAUGCAUCACAACCUCUUAGGCCCAAUUUUACUCAGGCCAUUGCGAGCGGUCUGAUGCCGGUGCCGCAGCCAGAACAAGAGGUGCAAAAGAAGAAGAGGGGGCGGCCACGAAAGGAUGCUACAGUUGAUGGCUCUGUGCCGCUGUCGCCGGAAGUGCAGGGGCAGAAGCGCGGGAGAGGAAGGCCUCCGGGGUCAGGAAAGAAGCAGAAGGAGGCAAUGGCAGCAGCUGGGGAGGGGGGAUUGGCGCCCCCUAUUGGAAUCCAAGAGAAGAAGGGCAGAGGCAGGCCUCCUACUACUGGAGCCGGUGCCGCAGGGAAUGUGCCAGGGAUCACGCCACAGGUCAUUAGCGUGGUAGCCGGAGAGGAUGUAAACGCAAAGGUUUUGAGCUUCCCGAUGCCAACCACGCGAGCGAUGGUCAUUUUGUCUGCUAGUGGGACCCUAUCAGCUAUGCAUAUGAAGCAGUCCAAUGCAGCGGGUGGCGUUCUGGCACUGGAGGGAAGCUUCGACAUCCUUUCCCUGUCAGGGAGCUUCCUCUCUACCGACGGAGGCCGGCAAAGAUUGGGCAGCCUGAGCAUCUGCGUGUCUGCACCGGACGGCCGCGUGAUCGGUGGCGUAGUCGCGGGAACUCUGAAAGCGGUGACCCCGGUCCAGGUUCUGGUCGGCACCUUCCCCGCAACUGGAGCCAAAGUUAGGAAGCCUCGGGCUCCAAAGCAACCGAAGCCGGCAGCGGCGGGAGCUCCCACCGGACUAAUGGCCGCUGCAAUGUCUCCAGUCCACGCUCAAAUCCCCAACCAUGGAACAGGCGGGACUGGUAUCGAGCUCAACUCAUGAUUUGUUCAUUUCUGUGGCAACUUACAGUUCUUUGACAAGCUUUAGCCUUGACAGAUGCUCAUUGAAGAUAUGCACAAUAGGAACCAAUGAUAGUGUGACUACUGAGCUGGUUCAUGUAGGGCUGUGAACAUGCAAACAGACUGAGGUCCAUGGUUUUUGAGUUCCAACAACCUAGACCUGCUUCAAAGCCGAUUGUACAUGGAAAGGGUGGCGUGCAAAGCCUCUUUGCUUGAUUUGGUAGGUAUUAGGUAGUCGAGUCAAUACUUUGUGGAGCUCGGUGCUUUCGGAGUUCAGGUUCAUAUAUUGGUAUUAAUGACCAGCCUCAGGUGUAGCUGUCAUAUUAUGAUGCAAGCUUGUCGGUGUCCCUUCUUCAAUG